GGGUCUUCCAUUCUUUGGAGUCCUUGCAUGGGCACGUGGCUGCUAUCCUCCCCCCACCAAUCUGGAACUACGCCUCAUCGAAUGCAAAUAUUUAUUUUAUUUAUUUAUUUUAUUAUACUUGUAUACCGCCCCAUAGCCGAAGCUCUCUGGGCGGUUUACAGUAACUAAAACCAUUAAAACAAAUAAAAUUUAAACAGGUCUUACAAAAACAAUUUAAAAAACAAUUAAAAAGUUUAAACAGUAUAAAAUAGGGCUUACUUCUGAGUAAACCAUCCUUUGGCGACGUUGCUUGGAGAGUGCUUGCUGCAAUCCUAAUCCCCUAUUUAACCUGGAACGAAGCCCCAUCGAAAGUAAUACGGCUUAUUACUUCUGAGUAGACGUCCUGUGGCGGCUUUGGCUGCGAACACACCAUGCAUUUCAAGCACGUUUCUCCCUCUAAAGGAUAUUAGGAACUGUAGUUCAGCCCUCCCAGAGCUACAAUUCCCAGCACCCGGAGAAAAUGCUUUACGGCUGCAGUUCCCAAACGCACUUACAUGGGAGCAAGCCCCGUUGAAUUCGGUGUGCACCUUGAGCUCUUCUACCCCUUAUACAGAAUGAUGACUGAGGCAUUGAAAUUCAGGACUAUGAUAGCAGCUAAAGCUGUCAGGGGUGGAAGAGGCUGCUGUAAAGUAUGAGGCUGCCAGAGGGGCUGACUAGGUCCUUCCAGGCUCCUAGCACUGUCCGGAAAUUCACAAGCAGCCAAGUUUACCUGUUCAGAAACAGAGAGUCGGAUACAGAUGACUCAUCAUCAGAGGAGGAACUCGACAUCAUGGGAUUACGAGCGAGGGGGAAGGAGCAACAGAGGUGCAAUGCUGCCCGGGAGAAAGUGGGGGAUGUGGUUCUACUCGAGCGAGCAGUUGGAAAAGACGACAGUCUGAACAAACUGGCUCUACAGUAUGGAUGCAAAGUUGGAGAUAUCAAACGGGUCAACAACUUUAUUCAGGAGCAAGACUUGUACGCUCUAAAAUCUAUCAAGAUUCCAGUCAAAGUCAAUGGUGUGUUAACCGAGACCCAGGAAGAGUUCCUACCUCCCGAAAGAGCCAGUCUGUUAUCUACUGAACUGUCUGGGUCCAAAGAUGAAGUAGGUGGUGAGGACAUGGAACACAUUGAUCAGUAUUUCAGAGGGAUUGACCACAUUGUACAAGCAGCCCAGCUGGAGGCCUCUCCAAGCACAGACUAUUGCAUCGAAACACCAAACUGGUCAUCUCCAGGCAGGAAGGGGACCAGUAGCGGAGUGGACUGUGGGAUCCAGUGGUGGAACGCCGUCUUUGUGAUGCUCCUCGUAGGGAUAGUUUUGCCAGUGUUUUAUAUUGUCUACUUUAAAACCCAGCAGCUCACAGUGGCUGCCGCUACCUCCAACGCAACUGUUCCUGCCAACAGCUCAUUGGACGGGCUAACGAGGGGAACACUAGUCCAUCCUGCAGAGGGAGAACAUCCGAUCACCAGCCGCACCCCCAAAGGAGGAGACUUCAUUCCGCCAGGGGGAUAAACCCAUUUGCCAGCUCCAUCCACCCACCCCUGACGAAAAUGAAAGUGGAGGAAAGUGACUUUGUUGUUGAAAUAAUGUUCUGAACAAGUAGGCAAUGGAUCGGUGGCUUCUUAGGUGAUUAGAACCUAACUUGGAAAGGACACCAGGCAUGGACAGUGGCUGGUCAGUCACAAAAAGGGUGAAAGAUGGCUCAUUUUUAAACAGCAAAAGAGGGGUGAAAAGGAGUGGAGAACCACCACCCCAGUGCAGAAUGCCACCCCCAUCCCCUUUGUCUUCAGUCAAGCUCAGAUAUCAGAAGCAUGUUUAGAUGGGAAAACCGCACUCAGGGAGAAGGUUCUGCUCUUCUCACCCAGGCACUCUUUUUGCUGUUGAACAUGGGCCCUAUCUGCACUAUCCAUUUAAAGCAGGAUCAUCCCACAUUAACCAGUCAUGGCUUUCCCCAAAACAUCUUGGGCACUGUAGUUUAAGGGGGCCCAGUGGUGUUAGGAGACCCCCUCAGAGGGGUACUAUUCCCAGAGUUCCCUGGGAAGAGGGAUUGAUUGUUAAACCACUGGGGCAAUUGUAGCUCUGUGAGGGGAAUAGAGGUCUGUGAGCCACUCUCAAUCUACAGUUCCCAGGAUGCUCUGGGGGAAGGCGUGACUGUUUAAAGUAGUAUGGUACUGCUUUAAAUGUCAAGUGUGGAUGUGGCUGUACUCCCACAUUCCUUUGUGUCAUGGAGGCAAGUUUAUUUUGGCGCUCACUGCCUCUUUCAAGAUUCUUUGAAGCACGUUCCUCCUGACGAAACAGGCCUAGCCUGAUUCCUAGAUUUUUAUUUUCAUAAAAAUUAACUGCCAGUCAAUUAAAAGCCGUGUUGUCUUAAUGACAUGAGCAAAUCAUGUUGUCCUUUGCAUUCAAUAAAUCCUUUUCAUACGCAUUUCAUUUUAAAUA